AUCCGAGAAAUCAUUCAAGAACAACUCGAAGAAGAUGGAUCUAGAAGAUUGGGAAUUACUCCCCAAAAACAUCUACAAGGGUCUCGAACUUGAUAUCGGUCAUGACGAGGAUCAUGAAGCUACGAAGAUGAUGAGAAACACCGGAAAAAGCUUCGACAGUGAUUACUUCAUCUGCCCAAUUCAAGAUUCUGUCGUAAAAACAGAGCUUCUUCAUCAGAGAUCUAGCGUGGUCCCCACACAACUCUUCCAAAUUCCCAUAACUUGGGAACCUUUAUCCCCCGUGGACGACGACAAAGAUCACAAGAAGUACCCGGAUCCGGAUUUCUCGGAACCAGACCCGGAACUGUUGACGGAGUCUCUUCCGUCGCCGAGAAUAACCUUCAAGAAAACGAAGGAAACCGAAUUUGCCGACAUGAAAAUAGAUUCACCACCAGCGAGGUUCGCUAGUCCUCUGACUCAGAACGAUGAGAAACACUCUGACUCAGAAGGAGGGUUAGGAGGAGAGUCCUAUGCUGAGAUCAUGGGAUCAGAGGUUGAAGAAGGUAGUGACUUGAGGAGCAAGAAAGAGGUUGAUUGGGAUGAAGGUGAAAAAAUGAAUCUGUGGAAAAAAGGUCUUAAUGGAAUUGGAGCUAUAUGUUCAUUUGGUGUUGCUGCUGCUGCUGCCACCAUAUGUGUCUUGUUCCUUGGACACAACAGUAGCAUCCAAGGUGGUCGGAACAAGAACCAGAUCCUCAGGUUCCAGAUUUACUCUGAUGAUAAUAAGCGAAUGAACGAGGUAGUGAAACAUGCAACAAAGCUAAAUGAAGCAAUCUCUGUGAUGAAAGGUCUUCCGGUGGCAAGAGCUCAAAUAUCUUUUGGAGGAUACUACGAUGCACUUUGAAACAUAGCCACCGUUUACAAUAACUGAAUCAGCACAUCAGAUCCAAUGUCUUCUGCUUAAUCACCAACGGGGCUCUAUAGCUUAUGUGUUUACGUAUUUAGGAUAUUCAAUAAAUAAUGUUUGUAAAU